UACCGCGAAGCUGAAACCUUUCGAGGACGCGUGACGUCGCUUGAUUGGCUUCUUCCCACUCACCGAACCCGCUUCGUUCAUCCGCGAAUCAACAAUUUUGCUCGCAUCAAAAACCCUAAAUCAGGUCAAAAUCGAGCAGAAGAGCUGACGCAGGAUCACUGUCGUUGUCCCGAUCCCCACCCUCCUGUCCCCGCUAUAUAGAUUGGCGACGGUUCACGUCGAUGAAGACAUCGGAGUACAAGGACAAGCCGGUCAUGGACUUCUCCGACGAGGACAGCGACGUCGACGCUUACGACUUGCGACUGCGCGGUUCGUGCAGCUUCGACUUCCACCCUGAGCAGUCGCAGCCUUCUCCCUCCAGAGGGAAGGAGAGAGUUUCCUUCAAUGAAACAUUGAUUUCUUUGAUUGAGCGCAAGAUGAAGGAUCACAAUGAUAAGGUACUUCAUGCUGUGGAGCAUGUCAGUGCAAGACUGUCUCAACUGGAGACCAGAACGCGCCAACUAGAGAAUGCUGUGGAGCAUAUGAAGGAAUCUCUCGAGUAUAAUCAUGGGAAAACUGAUGGAAAGCUCAGAGAGCUGGAAAACCUGCUGAGAGAGGUUCAAAGCUGUACUCGGGAUUUGAGAGAUAAAGAAGACAUAGCUCAGGCUCAGCUGCAGAUUUUAAAGCUUCAGAUCCUAAAAAGCGAAGCACGAGAGGAAAAGAAGGAAAAUUCUUCUCAGACAAACUUGGGACAGCAGAAAGCUGCUCCUGGGACUGAACAAUCGACAGAGCCACUUCCAGUCCCUCUUGUCUGUUCCCAACAAUUUGCAUCUUCGCUUCCAUAUGUUUCUACUAACCUUCAUAAUUUCUAUGCUCCUCCAAUCCCAGUGGGAAUUCCACAGCUUCCAUCCCAAUUGGCUCAGAACACCAGUCCCUUCGUUUCACUGCCAGAACUGAAUAGCCAACCACCCACUCUACCUCCACAGAACACCCAUCAGCAUCACCAGAUACCGCUAGUUUCUCAUUUGCAGCCGAGGCCUCCCAUGCCAUAUUUUCCGUCUUUACCCGCAACACUGUAUCCCUCAAAACCAGCACCGACACCUCAAGAUUGCGGAUUGCCCCUACCAUAUAGUGCUGUGGCUCCCCAAACUCACUUUCACGAUAAAUACCACAAGCCACUAAUUUCUCAUUCACACCCAGUGCCUCAAGGUCCUCCUCUUCCGUCUUCACCAGUGCUACAGUUUUCCUCAAGACCAGCAUUGACACCUCAAGAUUUUGGUUUGCCCCUAACGUACAAUGUACCGUCUACCCAGCCUCAUUAUGAACCUCCCCAUGACCCCAAUGAACUUCCUUACAUGCCUUCUCAAAACUAUCCCCAAACUAUUCAUGCGCUUCCAAGGAUGCCCUCCAUUUCUUCCCAUCAGUUGCAGUCUCCUUUCACCAAGACAUAUGACCAGCCAACAAGUAGGCCUUAUUCAGAACUUCUUGGCAGAUAUGGGUCAGCAGGAGGGAACUCCAAUUUCGACAAUAUUGAUCCUCGAGGAAAGUAUAACUCAGGAAACGGUGAUUCAUCUGUGGAAACUUCAUCUCCUCCAGCCCCUGGCAUGGGAAAUGACUACUCGCAAUUGCCGGUCGCGCGUAUUUUGCCGCAUGCUUUACCAACUGCCUCUCCCAUUGGUUCUGCAUCGAGUUCGAGGGAGACCAGAGGGAAUGGGGCGCCGAUGGAUGGUGUCAUUGACAAGGCUGUUGCAAUGGGGUUCAGGAGGGACUUGGUGAGAGCUAUUACAAACAGGCUUGAAGCAAAAGGGCAGCAUCCGGACCUCAAUCUGCUGUUAGAUACUCUGAUGAGCACUGGGGAGUCUCGGGGAUGAGCCGCAGGUUAAAGCAACGACAUGAUCGGUUCAGCACCUUUUGCCUUUGCAUGUGGGCGACUGUUAAAAUGUUGUGGAGCUUCUAGUUUUUGCUGGUGAAGAACACGAUGCACAUGAUGCAUAUAUUAUUUGGUUGAUGUACUUAUCGUGUGAAACCUAUCAAACUUGCUACAUCUCUCAGUCAAACCCGGAAUGCACACCGGUAUUUUCG